ACCCUCGUAUACCCCCUCUCUCUUCUCCCCUCUUUCAUUCACACAUAUAAAUCUCUCCCUGUGCAAACACCUAUAUAUACGUCUCGAUUUCUCAAAUCCACCACCUCUCCCCCUAUAUAAUCACUCUCUUUCAAAUUUCUCACUGCAAUUCCAACGUUUACAUACUUAAAUAACGCGCCCCUUUACAUCUCAAUCACAAAUUAGGGUUUCUAUAAUCAAUUUAAUCGAUUCAAUUAGGGUUUCCAUCUUUUUUUGGGGGGAAAUUUAAUCUUUAUUUGCACACACAAAUGGCGGAACAGGGCUUGGAAGGUAGCCAACCUGUGGAUCUUUCCAAGCAUCCGUCUGGAAUUGUGCCCACUCUUCAGAAUAUAGUAUCAACUGUCAACUUGGAUUGCAAGUUAGACCUGAAAGCCAUUGCAUUGCAAGCAAGAAAUGCUGAAUAUAAUCCCAAGCGUUUUGCUGCUGUCAUCAUGCGAAUCAGGGAUCCCAAGACAACUGCACUUAUAUUUGCUUCAGGGAAAAUGGUUUGUACAGGAGCAAAGAGUGAACAGCAGUCAAAAUUGGCUGCAAGGAAGUAUGCACGAAUCAUUCAAAAGCUUGGAUUUCCUGCAAAAUUUAAGGACUUCAAGAUACAGAAUAUUGUUGGUUCUUGUGAUGUGAAAUUUCCCAUCAGGCUUGAAGGUCUAGCUUAUUCUCAUGGAGCCUUUUCUAGUUAUGAACCAGAACUAUUUCCUGGUCUAAUAUAUCGUAUGAAGCAACCCAAGAUUGUCCUCCUCAUCUUUGUAUCAGGAAAAAUUGUGCUUACUGGAGCAAAGGUGAGAGAAGAAACAUAUACAGCAUUUGAAAAUAUAUACCCUGUUCUUACAGAGUUCAGGAAGAAUCAGCAGUGAUUUGUGCUUGAUGAAGCGUCAACCUGAUAGUGAAGAGCUUUUAACUGCUUGUACCCUGGCCAACAAGAUGGCUAUAAGAAUUGCAUUUCCUUGGACUCUAACGAGACAGUAUAGGAAUUGCCAUGACUGGGUUAGAGUUUUUUGUGUAAUGAUUCUGAAUAAUUGGGACGAUUAUGUGAAGUUUUUGUUUUUUAUGAUAUACUGUUACUUAGACAAUCUAUUUUAUGGUACUUUAAUUCAA